AUGGAGGACAGUGACGAUGAAGAUAACGUCCAGGUGAUAAUCUUUGGAAAUUCAACGGAGGCCAAUUUUGACGACUUCUACAGAGAACAGGAUCCAACAAAUGAGGAACACGGCGGAGAUGGCAGGGGAGACCCCGCCGACGGUGAAUUUGCCAAGGCAGAAGCUGAAGAAGCACCACGCGACGUAGACCUCGAGACACAGGUGCAGAGAGCCACGCGAGAAAACAAAGUCUUCCUGAAGUAUGAUUACACUCGAGAGAAGCCGUGGGCUCACCACGCAGACAAAAGCAUGUGGUUUAAUUAUAAUUUCGAUGAGCACUCCUUCAAGGAAUGGGUUCAGAAACACAUUGACAAGAGGAUAGAAAAGCAACAGAACUAUCAGGUUGAAAAUGCGGACAAUAUAUUUGAGGAAAAGUUCAGAGGUGUUGUUAGGACCCCCCGAAGUUUUGAAGACAUAGAUCGCAGGGGGGGGCAGAGCGAUUAUCAAGAACAGAACUACGAUGAUGAUGUCUCGAGGCGUAACCAAAAGGGAGCAAAAAAUAACACAGCGAUGAGAGCAAGUAACUCCAGGAAGGGAGCUUUAACCAAUCACUACGUCCCACAGAGAGGAGGUAAUAACACACUGUUACAAACCCACGAGGAGAGCAGCUUCGCUUUUCAGCCUGUUAGAGAAGAAGACAAAUACAUGGAUGGACGAAGCAGGCAGAUGCCCCGUGAUAAAACAUCUAAUAGAAUGGGAGAGAUGGCUAAAAAUGGAGAGACCCAGCCGGAGGCAGAUCACUCUGGCCAGGGGGAAGACCUCACGCAGUUUCAGAAUUUAGUUAAUUUUUUUAAGCUGAACCAGGAGUUAUAG